UUUGUUUUUCAAAGGGCUGCCGCAGAAAUAUAUUGUUCGAGAAUUCUUAUUUAUUUUGAUUGUAGCAUUGUGUUAUGAUAAAUAAUGGAAGACGAACAAUUUGAUUACUUAUUCAAAAUUGUAAUGAUUGGUGAUUGUGGUGUUGGAAAAACAUGUGUUGUUCAGCGAUUUAAAUCGGGAACCUACGUUGAACGCCAUGGUAAUACUAUAGGAGUUGAUUUUGCUAUGAGAACAUUAACUAUCAACAAAAAGCGUGUCAAGUUACAGAUAUGGGAUACAGCUGGCCAAGAAAGAUUUCGAACCAUAACUCAAAGUUACUAUCGCAGUGCUCAUGGUGUCAUAAUGGCUUAUGACAUUACAAAACAUGCUAGCUUUCUCCAUCUUCCUCAAUGGGUAGAUGAAUUAAGGAAUUAUACACAAUCUGAUGUACCACUUGUACUAAUAGGUAACAAAUGUGAUCUUGAAUCAGAAAGAGAAGUGCCUUUUGAAGAAGCUCUAGCACUAAAAGAACAAAUUCCUGAACUUGUAGCUGUGUUAGAAACUAGUGCUCGGGAAGAUACAAAUGUUGAAAAGGCUUUUGUCACGUUGGCCUCAGAACUUAUUAAAAGAUGCAAUGAUGGUUUGCAUUUACAGCAACAAUAUGACAAAUUUACUGCUGUGAAUAGUAGCAAUGCAAUGAAACCUCGAGAAAAAGGUCAUUGUUGCCAAGGCUCUUGACCUUUUUAUAAUCAUGCUAUGAUCUGCUUAUUAACAGCAUAUAUUAUAUUUUAUAAUUUUAAUCUUUAAACACUCAAUCAAAAAUCUUAUGUGUUAUACAAAUCUGAUGCUUUUGUUACACUUAUGUCAUCUUGUACAUUUUUGAUUAUCUGUAACAAGGAUUGGAAAAUGCAGCCUUGAUACAAGUUUUUGAUUCAAAUCAAGUUAAGUGAAACAAAGAUUUAAAAGCAUAUAUAAUCAAAUUCAAGUAUGAUCUGUGAAUUUGAUUUCAAAGUUAAUUGGAAAUCAUAUAUUUCUUUAUUUUUGUGUCAAUAAAGAAAUAUUGUUAUUCUAAUGAUUGGGCCAGUAAAAACCUUGAAUUGUGAAAGACAUAUGAUGCAAACGCUAGAACGUUUGGAUGCUUUGUGUUAAUAGAAAUACUUUUAAUGAACUUAAUUUUACCGUGUUUUCCACUCUUGAUAUUAAGUAUAUAUUUUUUUGUGUUUUAAAUUUUAUAAUUUUUUUAGCUUCCAUUAAAAAUAUUAUCCUCAUUAUGAAUAAGUCAAGUGUAAUUUAUUAUAGCUGAUAAUUUUAGUCUUUAUAAAUGAAAAGUAUUUGUCUAUAUGUAUUCAUAAAAAGAUUUAAUGAGAAUAACUUAUUCUUUAAAAUAUAAUGUGCAUUGUGUUAUUACUGAAUCUCUGUUUAAAAUCUCAGUUUUUAAAUAAUUUACUCAGGGUUUUCUCUUUUCAAGCUGUUUAUUUUGUAAAAUACAUUUAAUAUUUUGUUAAUUAUUGUAAGGGAAUAGAGAAAAAAUUUCAAACACUUUAAUGAGAAACCAUUAUUUACUUUUCUCCAUUUGCAUGUGUAAAAGGGAAGCUCAGAUGGAGCUAUCCAUUAUUUUAUUUAACUUUUUAUAGUCAUUUCUUCAAAAACAUCUGUGGCUAAGCUAAUUUAAAACCAAGUAUUUUUUUUUUUUCUAUGGUCAAAAAUACCAUUGAAAAAAGGGCUAAGGAGUGUUAAGAUUAUUUAUUUCAUAGCAUAGUAGCAGAUUUGCGAGUCUGGAAAGAGACUCUUCAAUUAUUUAAGUUCAGAAUAUAAAUAUUAGAUGAAUUUAUUGUUGAUUGAAAGAAUUAAAAAUAGUGAUUGUAUCAAAAAUAAAUAUUCAACAGUUGUAUUGGUCUUAAAAGAAUUUGCAAGUCUUUGUUGUUUUAAGAUCUAUUGAAAGGUUUCAUUAAUAAUAAUCAUAGUAAGAAAAGAAAAGAAAAAUAUUCAACCCUUUAAAAAAAGGGGGGGGGGUAAAAUACUGAAUGUUUUGGCAUUCUUAUGUUACAGAAUAUAUAACCUGAAAGAUUCUUAGUCUUGGCUUCUUUGAGUUGCUUUACCACAUGAGUUGCAUAACAAAAUAAUGAAACAAAAUUGUAGAAACUCUCACUGAUUUUUCUGUUUCCAGCUUCCGUAUUUAUAAAUAAAAGCAGUUAAAAAAAAAAACUGUCUUCACUUGAAGAAUUAUAUUCAAAUUUGUUAAAAUAACUUUUUAAGCAACAGUUACCGUAAUCACAAUUAAUUUUGCUAUUAGUUUAAAAAUUGGCUGGUGGGGGAAAAAAAAUCUGAUUGGUAUGGACUUCAAGAAAGAAAGAAUCUUUCUCUAAAAAAGAAGAUAGCUAUUUAAAAAGAACCAUUUAAGAAGUGCUGUCAUCUAUAAAAAUCUUGUUUUAAGGGGAUCUAUAUAAAUUUUAAGCAUAGAAGUGUGAGUGCCUAUCUAAAUAACCAUUAUUGCUAAACAAACUUACACUCUUAAUUUCUAUAAUGUCAAAAUGGUUGCUUGUUAUGUCAAUACUGCAUAUAUAUUGGUUGUUUCCUUUUAUUUAUUUAUAUUUUUCUGUAUACUGGAAUAUGGUAUUGUAUAUGUCUUUUAAAUUUAAGCAGUAAAUCAAGAGAUGCAAAACUUGGCUGAUAUCCGUAGUUUCAAUUUUUUCCUCCUAAAAAAUUAUAUGAGUAGCUUCUACUCAUUAUGGUCUGGUCAUAGAAUCAGAAAAGCAUACAGAAAAAUAUAAAUAAAUAAAAGGAAUACAUACAUUUACUGUAUAUGUGUGUCUGGUGCUUAUUAAAUCCACCAUGGACCAUACAUCAACUCAUUAGUGAUGAAUAGCUUUGGAAAGGGGAAUGCUGACCUAUGUAUUGCUUUUUUUUUCUAACCACAGUUCAGAUUAUAUAAUUCAUCCUGAAAUAGCCGUCAUGUAUCUUCAAAAUAGGAUUUAAUCUAAUAGAACUACAUUUAUAAAAUAUUGGAAAGCUAAGACUUCAGAGCAUAGUUGCUUAAAGUCACAUUGUCUUUUAUGAGCUUAUUUUUGUUAAGUUGUUUUGCAUGGUUCAGAUUUUGAACUAAAUACAUUUUCUCUAUCACAUUCUUAUUAUUUGAUUGAUAGCACUUUUUUUUACAUAAUUGUAAAUAUUAAUAAACAUAUUUUAAAUCUCUGCUAAUGCUUUUAAACUUGCUGAAGUUUAAUUUCAAUAAAAUGAAAAAUUUGACUAGAUUUUUAAUUUUUUCAUACAUUUAGGCUGAAAAUUCAGACAAUUGUCAUUUUAUUCACUUCUUUUGAUUCUCUGUAUUACCUGUUCAUGUUACUUUAGAUCAGUUUUUAUAUAAUCAAAAGCACAAUUUUACUUUCAUAUUUAUUUUUUCUAAUUUAAUUUAUAUGUUUUUUUGUGACUCUAAUUGGGGAGUUGUCAUGAGUACCUGGAUGAUGAACCAUCAUUUCAGUGGAAUAUGUCUCCAGUUCAUAGUAAUAUUGUGGGAUUGAGUUACCUCUACUCCAAUAAUGGGAUGUAUAUCCUCCAUUAAAAAAUUGUACUGUUGUUGAUGAAAGUCAUUAGGACUCAACUUCAAUUUUUGCUUCCUGCUAUCACAGUGACAAUCAUUCAAUCUGACCCAAAGGAUGCAAUUGAUUCUUUUCUCAUUAUAUGCUCUGAUAAAGAAUAAGAAUGAAUUAAAUAAUCCUUAAAAAAAACAAUAUUUAUAUUUGAAUUGUGAAUAAAAUUAUUUAUGGAGUAUUUUGUUUAUUAUAAUUAAUUUUGCAUAUUGGACAUAGAAUUUUGUCAUUCCAGACAUUUAUUAAUCUUUCUAUAUUCACUAAAUGUAAGGAAUUAAUGGAAAAUAUAUGGCAUUUGUCUUAAAUACUUUUUAUUCUUAGUAUUUAAUCUUCUUUCAUCAGGUAAUACAGAAAUAUGUCUCAAUUUUCUCAUACUAUUUUGCUGGCUGCAGAUUUAUUUAUUUUAUUACACUCAUGUGUUGAAUUAUAUUUACUCACAUAAUAUUUAAUAUAUGUACCAUUCAUUUUAUUGCAAAAUGCUUGACCCUAACCUAAAUGCAUCUAAAUAGUAUUUCAAAGUAGUCUGAAAUCAUUAGAUAAUGGCAAUUUGCAACAGUAUGUAAUUUUUUCAACUAUUUUAUUUAUUUUGCAUUUAUAAAAUGCAAUAUAAACUUAGACCAAUUACACAUUUCUAUCAUAUACUCAAUAUUUUACUGUGAUCUAUGUUACAUAAAUAUUUUUUCUUCUUUUUAUUUCUAGUUUAGCUACUUAUAAUGUAUAGUUUUUCAUUCAGCAUUUAUCUGAUGGCAAUAAUUUUGCAAUACUGAUAAUGUAUAUCAUAUUGAUUUUUGUUUUUAACAUUUUUCUGACAGCAAUAAUUUUACUGAUUUUUUUUUUGUAAUCAGCAUAAAAAAAAAACAUAUCCUCCAUUUAGACUAUGUUUGAAAUAACUGAAACAUCCAUUUUAGGUCCAUCCAAGAUCUAUUUAGUGAGAGCUAAGUGUUAAAUGAUGUAUGUAUGCUAUUCACUCAUUUGAUAAGCCUGAAUAGAUAAUGUAAUAUGAAUAGUGCUAAUAUUAUUCGUUUCUAUUUUUGUUUUAAAUAUAUUUUUAAUUUAUUAGAUGAAAUUCAAACAUACUUUAACUAGCACAUGGGUUUGUUUCUUCAUCUGAAUUUAAACUGAUGUUGAAAUUGCUGUACAUUUUUUUGCAUGUACAGUAUUUUAAUUUCAUGAAAAAUUUUGCUUUUAAUCAGAGUAUAGUUAUGAAACAAAUGCUACUGGUUUCUUGAUGUGAAUGUUGCCUCAUUCAUGACUUUGAAUAGUGAAUCUUAAAUAUAUAUAUAUAUAUAUAAUUUCAUUUAUUUAUUUAUUUUAAAUCAAUUUUUCAGGAACUGAAAAAAAUUUCCUCAUGAACAAUUUUAAUUUUUUAAAUUUAUGUUUUUAAUGAACUUGUUUUAAAUUUUUUGCAAUUUUCUUCUUAAGAAAAGUCAUUUUCCCCCCCUUAACUACAUGCAAUAAAAGCUAAUUUACUUGGUAUUACUUCUACAUAUUUGUUUUAUAACUAUAUUAUGAAUUUCUAAAGCAAAAUUUAUAUUUAUUUAAUUUUUGUUUAUUAUUAAAAGCAUUCAACAUUCUCAUACUGUAAAAAAAUAAUUUUAAUAUUUUUAUUUGUUUACCCAAUUUUGUAAAUAGCUGAUGAGUCCAUAUAUUUUAUGUGAAAUUAGCACACAGUUUUUUUUAUAUGUGUAUAUCUUGCCAUGGAAUGUCCUGUCCUAACUGCAGAAGCUGAAUUUAAAAUGUAGGCAGUAUUUUUUUUAAAGUAACAUUAUAUAUCAUAGGUGUGAAAUAGUUUGUUGAGUAAGUUGCAUGUUGUACAUUUUAGAGAAGGUUAUGUGUUAGGAUAAGUAUAUUCAUCAAUAAAAUUUAUGGAAAUGAAAUACACAAAUCGCAAUACUUUGACUUUAUAAGAUCAUUUUUAUAGGUAAGCUUAAUUUGAUGCUUUAAGGAAUGAAACUAUUUUUUUCUUUUCUGUUAUACUUGAUGCAUCUUUUUAUAUUUUCUUUAAUUGUUAACUGAUAUAAUCUGAGGGCAUUUGCAGCUUUGUAGUGCAAUAUUUUUUCUGUCUUUGAUUUCUGUUUUUAUUCAAAUUUUUUUGAGAUGUUAUAUAAAUGAUUAUUGCUUUUAAUUGAUGAUUGAUUGUUAUAUGAUUUGUUAUAUUUUAAAUUGUUUAUUUUGUAAAUGUUUGUUUUUGUAAUUGAAUUUUUUGUUUGUUUGUUUGAUGUUAAUUAUUAACCUUUUUAUUUGCAACUGCAUUACAAAUUUAUAUACAUUUCUGCAAAACUGUGUU